UUAUUUAUUUAUUUAUUAUUUUUAUGUAAAGCGCCAAAAGAGCAUAUUCGAAUCUGAUCUGCCUGAAACAGCGCUUUCAGAGAAAAAAAAUAACACAACUUUCCAGAAAAUAAAACACGAGUAUUUCCGUAAUUCGCUGCCUGACUUUCCGGCGCCGGAGAUCCCCUUUUUCAUCUUCCAUCUCGUCGGUACCCAUGGACGGAGAAAUAUCCAAAUUGACAAUCGAAGAGAAAUCGAGUUGUCAGAUUCUAACUCCUCAGACCACUGUGAAACUCCUUGACUCCGUCGACGUGUUUCUCUUCGACUGCGAUGGUGUGAUAUGGAAAGGAGAUGUUCUGAUUGAUGGUGUUUCCGAGACUCUGGAUACGCUUCGGGCUAUGGGGAAAAAACUUGUUUUUGUAACAAAUAACUCGACAAAGUCCAGAAAACAAUACGCCAAGAAGUUCCGAUCUCUAGGCAUUUCUGUCUCGGAGGAUGAGAUUUUCUCGUCGUCGUUUGCUGCGGCCAUGUACUUGAAAGUCAAUGAAUUCCCUAAAGAAAAGAAGGUAUAUGUAAUUGGUGAAGAAGGCAUACUGGAGGAAUUAGAGCUUGCUGGUUUUACCGGUCUUGGUGGUCCUGAAGAUGGAAAGAAAACCGUCCAGUUGAAAGCAAACUACCUCUUUGAGCACGAUGAGAAUGUUGGAGCUGUUAUUGUCGGACUUGACCAGUAUAUAAAUUUUUACAAGUUACAGUAUGGCACCCUGUGUAUACGCGAGAAUCCUGGAUGCCUAUUCAUCGCUACAAACCGUGAUGCUGUAGGACAUCUCACCGACCUACAGGAAUGGCCCGGCGCAGGGUGUAUGGUUGCUGCAAUAUGCGGUACUACUCAGAAAGAACCAAUUGUAGUUGGAAAACCUUCGACUUUUCUGAUGGACUUUUUAUUACAGAAAUUCAACGUCCCUACCUCUAGAAUGUGCAUGGUUGGAGAUAGAUUGGACACUGAUAUUUUAUUUGGACAAAAUGCUGGCUGUAGAACUCUUCUUGUUAUUUCAGGUGUGACAAAGGUCUCGGAUCUUGUAGAUCCGUCGAACCACAUUCUACCAGAGUACUUAACUAACACUUUAUCGGACGUAGUUCGCUUACUCCAUGAUUGAUCAAUAGUCAUCGAUCGACUAUUAAAUUAUGUUUCAGAUAUAUAUAUAUUUUCAUUUGAAGGAUAGCAUAAAACUCAGAAAGUAAAUGUCAGUUUGAAUUGUUGUAUGAUUUGAGCCUUGGUGGACUGGAAAGAGUUUCAUAUUUAUGAAGUAAUUGAAAUUGUAUUUUUCUUUU